AUGGAAGGAUUUUGGACGGUAUACGGUAGAAACAAUAAAAUCUUUAUUGUAAAGAAGAAGAUAAUUUUUGUAUUUCAGACAGCUAAACUAAGUACACUUCAAACCUCCAAUAUAUCAGAAAAUUUGGAAAAAGGGAAAAAUGAAGCUCUUGGUGGGAAUGAAGGAGUACAGGACGGGGAGGACGAAGAUCAUGACGGGAAUAACGGAAAUGUUUAUGUUCUCCGACCUGAAGUAUAUCCGGCUCCCGCCUUCGUAUUCCUGCUCCGAUCUAAGAAUCAGAUUCAGAAAACAUCAAGGUUGAUUCACAGAUUAACCAGUUAUCUCACCAACUCGGAAAUUGCACACAAUGUUUUUAUUGUCAGGGGAUCAGACGUGAAUGGCAAUGGUUCUGAAUACGUAAGGGUGUUUGUGUGGGCCCGAAGCAGUAUCCUAGGUGUCAAGGAGAUUGGAGAUUUUGUGAUGGCAGUUUGUGAGCUCUCAGGCCAAAUACUCGUAUACUCGGAAGAACAUUAUAAAAAUUUGAAAGAAGAAGAAGUUGUUGAAGCGCAGACAACUGCUGUACUUGACACUUAUCUAAGGGUUCUACCGGAGGUAGAGGAACUGUUUGCGGUCAACUAGACCUGGGCAAAGUUCUGUUAACUUUAUAAUAACAUGCGUUUCCAGUCACUUGUGACCUAAAAAAUUAAGUUUUUCAAGAUGUGACUUUUGAUGCCUUUCUCGGCUUAAGGUGCUCGUUUUUGUUGUUGAUCUUCUAUAUGUGAAAGAAGCUUUUUUAGUGAUUAUUUUUGAAAAAGCUAAAUGAACUAAACCCUGCUUCAAAGCACUCUAAAAUACAUGUAAUUCUGAUGCAAAUCUGACAGUCUAUCCGAUCCAGGACCGACUAUCAGUUAAGAAUUUAUAUUUUGCAUUUAAAACUCAACACUUCUUCUGUUAUUUGAUAACUCAUACCUUUAACAUUUUAGUCCUGACCUUUUUUCUUGAGUAAUUGUUUUAAACAAACUAAAGUUGUAAAGAUACUUGAAAAACAUUUGUGAAUAACUUAACGACUGUGAUACUUUUUAUGAUAUUAUAAUUUUUUUACCUCUCCAUAAAAAAAGAGAGCAUUUUUUAAACAUAUUUUAAACUAAUAUUUUUUCAGA